UUAAGGUCACAAGGAGAAAACACACGAUGUAUAUAAGCCCCAGCAUAAUAAUACUGGGUACUUCCCCUUACACUCCUCCCCCAUAUACCGCAUCAUGAACCAGAGAGGAUUGCUACCGCUCGCGUUCAACAACAACACCGGUAAUGACCGUGUGAAUUUGUCCACUGUGCCCCGGGAGAGGUCGGUGAUUGACGAAAACGCCCGAAGCUUCUUCCACACCCGUGGAAGCACCCAAGACAACGCCUUGAAGCGAAAGCGGAUGGAGGGAAACAGUUCUGCCUUUAGCAGUGACAAUUCAUUCCAUUCCCAGAAGUACCAGAAGCCCGCGAAGCGGAAGCAGGAUACCACGGGAUUCAGUAUGAGUUCCAGCGACACGUUUACCAGAGACUUUGAUGAAAACGAAGACGAUCUAUUGGCCCAACAACCCCCGCCUUCUUCUCCCCCACGGUAUGUCGACGAUUUCAGCGACGACUUCAUGGACGAAACUUUUGUGGUUGAGGAUCCCAUGGCUGUGGACGACGCGUUUUUGAGCCAGCAGACGGUGGUUCCCACCUCUGAGCACGAUGGAGUGACACAGUAUCCCUUCAAAGCCAUUUCUUCGGACGAUAACUCCGUUUCAAUGGAUUGGGAUCGCUUUGGUGGCGUCAAGAUCAAGCACAGGCACUUUCAAUCGUCCGAGCCGGACAUCUUCAGCCAGAGCAUACACACAAAGAAGAAUCCCCUAGAGGUGGCAAGAGAGCUUAUUGAUAACACACUAUUCGCAGGUAGCAAGCAGUUGAACUUUAACUUUGACUCGCUCGGUUUGACGGAAAUCCCGGAUAACAUUGCCGACGUAGGGGCCGUGGUGGAGGGAACCGAGGUGCAGCUCCACUUUCCUAAAAACCGCUUGCGGACGGUUAACUCAAAGCUAUUCAAAGCUGGAAAACACUUGAAAGUGCUUAGUUUGCGCUCCAACUUGCUCUACGAAAUUCCCGGGAACAUCAGCAAGCUCACCGGCUUGACCUACCUCUCGCUCAUCCACAACAAAUUGUCCUUCCUUCCGCACAACAUUUUGCAUUUGAACAACUUGGACACGUUCACCGUCAGACCCAACUACAAGCUUCUCCCUGUACCGGAGUAUGCCAUUGCCAUCACCCAUGUCCUGCCCGAUUCAGUGCUUCCGCACAAGCGUCGUCAGUACGUCACGCAGUUGCACUGGAAUACAUUUUCCCGGGCCUCAUCCUCGUUGUCCGCGUUGAUGGCGAGCACUGAGGUCGAGGGGUUUCGGUCAAUGGUUCCCAAGCUUUCAGAGCUUGCAUUGAGGUCCAUGGUGAAGUACAUGCCCAUGAAGCGAGAGUUUGAGCAGUGGCACUCUGGGCUAGGCAGAACGCUUGAGAACAGGGUUGUGAAGGCCUAUGCCACUGCCUUUGAUGGGGCAACAUGUGGGGAAUGUGAGAAGUUGACAAUUGAGCCCGUUGCGGAGGUGAUGGAAUGGUGGGAAAUCUUGGAACAGGCGGAUAUUCCUAUCAAGCGUAAGUUUUGCAGUGGGGCGUGUGCUGUAAACUUCCAAACUCGGGUUAUCAACCCCAACUUAGCGACUUGAUUGGGUGAAUUUGAUUAUAUUCUGUUUUUGCAUCACCAGUAGACUUUCUAUUGGUUUAUUUUGUCUUCACUAAUUGAUAUACAUAGGAUACCUUUUUCCACGUAGGGGGUUUAGUAAUAUAAGUUGAC